GCCCCGCUAAUGGGCGCGCGCAGCGGGGGCGCGCGGGGCGGGGCGUGCGGCGGAAACGGCGGCGCGUGUGGGAGCGACCGGGCCGGGCCGGGCCAGGCCGGGCGGUUUAAACCAGCUGUCCUUUGACCCUGCCAGCAGCGAGUCCCUGGGGCUGGGCAGCGCCGCUGGCCCGCGGCUGUCGGACAGCCCGGCCGAGGAUGGAAGUGGCCCGGGAAAGAGGAAGAGGAGCAGCAUUCCCCCAGAUGGUGGCAGAAAUCUGAGCCUGGACUCCAUUCUGAUGGGAUUGCCAAUGUCCGACCCGACUGCCUGGGCCACCGCCAUGAACAACCUGGGCAUGGCUCCCAUGGGCAUGACAGGACAGCCCCUCCUGCCUGAUUUUGAUCCUGCUCUUGGAAUGAUGACUGGAAUCCCUCCAAUCAACCCCAUGAUGCCAGGCCUGGGGAUUGUCCCACCUCCCAUCCCUCCGGACAUGCCGGCUGUGAAGGAGAUCAUCCACUGCAAGAGCUGCACUCUCUUCCCGCCUAACCCACAUCUUCCCCCUCCAGCCACGAGAGAGAGACCCCCAGGGUGCAAGACAGUGUUUGUUGGAGGCCUGCCGGAAAACGGGACAGAGCAGAUCAUCAUGGAGGUGUUUGAGCAGUGUGGGGAGGUCAUAGCUAUCCGCAAGAGCAAGAAGAACUUCUGCCACAUCCGCUUUGCUGAGGAGUUCAUGGUGGACAAGGCACUUUACCUGUCUGGCUACCGCAUCCGGCUGGGCUCCAGCACGGACAAGAAGGACACGGGGCGGCUGCACGUGGACUUUGCGCAGGCGCGGGAUGACCUGUACGAGUGGGAGUGCAAGCAGCGCAUGCUGGCGCGCGAGGAGCGGCACCGGCGCCGCCUGGCCGAGGAGCGCUUCCGCCCGCCCUCCCCGCCCCCCGUCGUCCACUACUCUGACCAUGAGUGCAGCGUGGUGGCCGAGAAGCUUAAAGAUGACACCAAGUUCUCGGAAGCCAUCCAGACCCUGCUGACCUGGAUAGAACGUGGGGAAGUGAACAGGAGAACUGCCAACAACUUCUACUCCAUGAUCCAGUCAGCCAACAGCCACAUACGCAGGCUGGUCAAUGAGAAGGCGGCUCACGAGAAGGAGAUGGAAGAAGCUAAAGAGAAGUUCAAACUGGCUCUCUCAGGGAUCCUGGUGCAGUCAGGAGGAAUAAAUCCCAGAACACUUGAUGGCUGGUGCCUUUGCUUUGGUCCUGGUCCUGUUCCUGUAGCUCACACAGGCUGUGGCACUGUCCAAAGGCCAAGUCAUGGUUGUAGCUCAUCACCCCAUUUCAGAGUCGAGCAGAUAGUGGCCGUGUACCAUUCUGCCUCCAAACAAAAGGCUUGGGACCAUUUCACGAAAGCUCAGCGUAAGAACAUCAGCGUGUGGUGCAAACAAGCAGAGGAGAUCCGUAACAUCCACAAUGAUGAGCUGAUGGGCAUUCGGAGAGAGGAGGAGAUGGAAAUGUCAGAUGAAGAAAUAGAAGAUCCAUCAGAGAUGAAAGAAACAGAAGAGUCAGCGCUGGUGUCGCAGGUGGAGGCGCUGAAGGAGGAGAACGACAGCCUGCGCUGGCAGCUGGACGCCUAUCGCAACGAGGUGGAGCUGCUCAAGCAGGAGCAGGGCAAGGCCUCCAGGGAUGAGGACACCACCAAGGAGCAGCAGAUGAAGCUCCUCCAGCAGGCUCUGCAGGGCAUGCAGAAGCAUCUUUUGAAAGUCCAAGAGGAGUACAAAAAGAGAGAAGCUGAGUUGGAAAAAGUGAAAGAAGACAAACUUAAAAUAGAAACAUUACUAGAAAACCUGAAGGAGCAGCAGAGCAUGGCAGAUGAAGAGGACAAGGAGGGAGAUGCAGCUGACUGCCAAGGGAAUGAGAGCAGCACGUCCAGAGUUUGUGCCUGCAGCCAGGAGAAAGAAUGUCCAGUGGAGAAGACCUUGAGCAACAGCCCUGUGAAAUCUGAACGAGAAGUUCUCUUAGUUGGGAUAAUUUCAACAUUUCUCCACGUGCAUCCUUUUGGAGCCAGCAUUGAAUACAUCUGCUCCUACCUGCAGCGCCUGGACAGCAAGAUCUGCACGGCAGAGGUGGAAGUGCUCAUGACACGACUGCAGAACACGUUCCGGCAGGAGCUGAGCGGGGUUGGGGCCAGCCUGGAGAAGAGGUGGAAGUUUUGUGGCUUUGAUGGGUUGAAAAUGACUUGAGCUUUGACUUAACGCUGGAAACAGUGGGAUAUGGAUGCUGAGAAAGCCUGGGAUGCUCCUUCCUCUGUUCCUGAUGAUUCCCUCACACCACGGCCUCGGGGUACAAAGUGUAAAAGUGAAACCAAGUCCAGAGCAGCACAUGAAGAACUUCCAAGUUCUGUAGCUGCUUUGAUCAGUUAUUUGUUAUUGGGCAAGUGCUGUUCAAUAUAUUUGGGGAAAAAAGCUCCUGCCUGACCCUUUGAAGCACAGCGUGUUGACUGUGUGUUCUGCCAAUGUUGUAUGUGCUUGUGUGCCCAAAUUCCUCCUCCUCAACCUUCCUUCUGCUAGGAACAGCCACAGACUGUCCUGAAGCAACAACAAAGGGGCAUCUUCCGGUUUCUAGAUCACCAAAAGGGGAAAAAAAGGCAUUUUUUAGAUAUUUCUAUUAGUAAAAGCCAAGGUAUGUUUAAAGAGAAGAUUUAGAUGUGUCAAGGGCCUCUGAGCCAAGGAAUUGUUUCUUCUUUUGCUGUUCUCUUUGUUAGCAGUUAAGCUGAGGUGUUGGGGCUGAGGGGGAUUCUGGCAGUGCCACUCAUGCUUUGGGUCAGUGUACAGAAUCUUCUACAUGGGAAGGGUGUUUAAUUUUCUGGGGAUGUGGGUGGAGAAGAGCGACAUCAGCCUGACUUUUGGUGAUUUUUACGACUCAGUUCCUUCACCUACUUUGCUUCGGAGACCAAGCUCAAGCAGCACAGACUCCUCUGCUCCUGAUCCUUCCCAGCCCUGUUCUUCAUGUUCCUAGUGCAUGCCAUGCUCUUGCCCAGCUGUGCAGAGGUGCAGGGUAGCACAGCUCGGCCCAUCCCAGCCUGCCUGGAGCCCUCUGGAUCCUCCUGCCCACAGCAGCCUCACGUUCCCAGCCUGGCGUCACCUGCAGAGCUCUCAGUCACCCCGUGCAGUGUUCCUGUUCUAGACAUCCCAAUGUGCUCCCAGCACGGCAGCUGGCACAGUUCCAGCCCCUCCUCUUUGUUCCCCAUGCCCCAGGUGUCGGUGCCCUUCACUUGGGCUAUUAAUCCCACCUAACUUUGGGGGAGAAGCCCCAGUUCAUAUGUUCCUGUUCUCAGGUAUUUCCCAAAUGUGUGACACAUCCCCAGCCCUGGUGUCAUCCUGCUGGGUGCUUCUCCACCCUGUGCCAUGACCAAGGUAGUGCCCAGGUGAGUACAGGGACAUUUCUGGUGUGUUCUGUGUACCUGGCACAGAGACCUGAUGGUGUGUGAACCAAUUCCUCAUCCAAAACCCCAAAAUUCCACUGGUGAAGCCAGGCUUGGAGCCAGCUAUUGACCUGCUGGCUCUGUUUGUCCCCUCACCAUUCCCUGCAGUAGGAAGGACAGAGGAGAGCACUUCCUGUGCUCCUGCUCCCUUUCCCACUCACCCCAAGGCUCUGAGGUCUCUCCAGAUCCCUUGUAUUUCUUCCUGCACCUUCAUCCUCCAGCCCCAGUGAAUCAUCCUCCUUCUUGUUGUUCCCACUGGCAGAGCCUGGCACCAGUUCUCCCCAGGCACUGGGUGAGCCAGGGUGGUCACAGAGCAGACACCCCUGCUGUGCUAGGUGGGAAUGUGGCACCUGUGCCACCUGUCCCUUGGGGUCAGCCAGGUGGAGAGAGAGCAGGGUGGUGUGUACUCAGUGAGAGCGCUCCUUGGGAAAAUCAAGGAAGAAACUUGAGGAGUCAGGACAGUUGCAGAGCCCUGAGAGCAGCCGUGGCUGGAGCACCCGGAGGCAGGGAAGGGGUGGUGGGGUCGGUGGGGACGGGGCUGGGCUCCCCAGUGUGGCAGCUCCCGCAGCACAAGGACUGGCUGGGUCCCAGCCUCUGUUGGCUGCAGGGUGGGAGCUGGGAUGGGGCCAGGGCACCGUGGGCAGCCAGAGCCACCUCCUGGGGGUCUGAGGGGGCUGGGGCUGUUGGAGAGACCGGGCAGGUUGUUCCAUGGGGCAGCAGAAGGGAGAGGAGCCAGGACCUGUGGGGCAAUGGCUGGUGCUGUGGAAGUGAUUCAGGGCUAGAGCACCCCAGGGUCCUGCUGCUUCCCCUGUCCCAGGGCCUUUCCAGAGGGGCUGAGGUUUCUCCCAGGAGAAAUCUAUCCUGCAGAUGGGCUGCUGAUGUGACACCCAGGGAUGGGUGACUGAGAUCUUCCCUUGGGACCAGGCUGUUCCCACGUAGGCUGUUGCUCUCCUUGCUCCCAACACUGAGCGCUUGUCACACUGGGAGCAGAUAAAAACCCUUUUAAAAAAUGCUCUGACUAGUUGUGUCCCUGCAGAUGAAUGCUGUAUUUUUAAGGAAUAAACAUUUUUUAUGGGCAAA